AUGGAUGCCUUCCGCGGACAAUUGGAACGCAUUGCUGUCCCAACCACCUCAUUCCAAGGCCAGACCAUCAUUAUUACAGGGUCCAACACUGGCUUAGGAUUAGAAGCUGCCAGGCAUUUUGUACGACUUGAUGCAGAAGUUGUCAUUCUCGCAGUCAGGUCGCUAGAAAAAGGCGAAGCAGCAAAAGCAUCUAUUGAGGCGUCCACGAAGCGAAAGAACGUUGUCCAGGUAUGGCAACUGGAAAUGGACAAUUAUGACUCAAUCAAGUCCUUCGCCUCAAGGUGCAAUUCACUCGAAAGGAUCGAUGUCGUGGUGGAAAAUGCUGGCAUUUUGAGGAAUACGUACGAAGAGAGUGAGGGAACCGAAAUCACCAUCAAAGUCAAUGUCAUCGGAACAUUCCUUCUAGCACUAAAUCUGUUUCCAAUCCUUCGAAAGUCGUAUGAAAAGACCAGACAAGCUUCAAGGCUAGUCAUUACUAGCUCUGCUGUUCAUUACAAUGCGAAAUUCCGAGAAAGAUUUGAACCUUCAAUCUUUGAUGCUUUGAACGAGAACAGACCAGAAAGGCUCAAUGAUCGGUAUAAUGUGUCGAAACUACUCGUGGUAAUGCUUGUCCGUUCAAUUUCUGCGGCAAUGAAGGAAGGCUCUCAUAGCGCUCAGCCAAUAAUUUUGAACAAUGUGCAUCCCGGGUUAUGCGAGUCAGAGCUGGACAAAGACGUCAAGGGAUUGCCUCGCUACCUUCUUUCCAUCGCCAAAGCACUCGUUGCACGCAAGACAGAAGAAGGUUCGCGAACACUUGUGCAUAGUGCUGCUGCUGGAGAAGAAAGCCACGGAAAAUACAUGAGCGAGUGCAGAGUUAGAGAACCAAGCACCUUUGUUAGAAGUAAGGAGGGUGCAGAGACCCAGGCACGCGUGCAUAAGGAACUAAUGGCUAUAUUGGAGAGAAUUCAACCUGGAAUCACACAAAACCUUUAA